GCCCCCUCUAUUUUUCCUGGUCAAUCCCGUUUCUUUUUUAAUUUUUUAAUUUUUGGGUGGUGAGUAGCGGGGCCCGGAACUGUCGGUGAACGAAUGAUAAGCUGUCAUAAAUCUCUUCUUGUUUACUGAAGUACGCAUCUUUAAGCAGAGAGAGAAGCGAAGAGAUCUGGAUCUGGGAACUGGGUAUCAAAUUGAAGUUUCACUUCAAUGGCUUCCAAACUGUUAAUCGUUAUUGUCUUCGUUCUUGAUCUUAUUGCUUUUGGUUUGGCUGUUGCUGCUGAGCAGAGACGAAGCACUGGCUCAACAAGGACAGAUGGUGAAGAUAAUUACCAGUAUUGUGUUUACGACUCUGAUAUUGCAACAGGAUUUGGUGUCGGUGCAUUUUUAUUCCUCUUGGCCAGUCAAGUGCUCAUAAUGGUUGCAAGUAGAUGCUUCUGCUGUGGAAAGGCUCUAAACCCCGGAGGUUCAAGGGCUUGUGCACUUGUUCUUUUCAUAAUCUGCUGGGUGGCAUUCUUCAUUGCUGAGGUUUGCUUGCUGGCGGGUUCAGUGAGAAAUGCUUACCACACCAAGUACAGGUCAAGGUUCUUUGAGGACCCUCCCUCUUGUGAGACUGUGAGAAAGGGAGUUUUUGCUGCAGGAGCAGCUUUCGUGCUCUUCACUUGCAUAAUCUCUGAGUUCUAUUAUGUUAGUUUUUCCAGGGCGAAUGAAAGCCCCAGACCAUAUGGAGGUGAAACUGGAGUUGGGAUGGGAGCGUACAAGUGAAUGUUAUUGAAUUAGUUUGCAUUUGUCUGAAACUUACACGUCAUAUUGGUUUUUCUGGUUUGCAGCUCAUCUUGUUAUAGGAGUCUAGUUUAGAUGAAGAAAAGCAUGGAUUAUUACUUUUGAAUCAUAAUUUUGAUUUUUGCAUGCCCUUGUAAAAGACUUCCUCUACGAAUCUAUGUUUUUAUAACUUCAUUAAAAACUCGAGCACAUGGUGUCUAUAGUUAAGAUUUUAGAUAUAAUGUUGAACACUAUGUCGCGGUUAUAAAGAGGUCGUGUUUGGCAACUGUUUCUGUGCUGUCACUUGUACAACUCUAGCUUAAAGCCUCGUGUGUAUAUUUUUCUGCUAAUUCUGGAGGUAAUGUCAAUCAUCUUCAAUU